GCAGCCUUCAGUCCUUCAGUGAGAAUCCUCCACAACUAUUUUCCCACCCCUCACGGCCAUCACAUUCCCACGCAAAGGUCGCCCAACCCCACACCGCAGCCAAAGUCCACGUCCAGGAAGAACACGUAGUCAUGGUAACAACUAGCAGCUACUCCACGUGAUGUCCAGCAGCCCACGUCUUCUUCUUUAGCCACAACGUCGCAACCCUCUAUCCUCUGCUCAGCCACCGUGCAAACGCCGAACAGAAACCAAGAACCCAACAGCCCCUGUUUUUAGCAACCGAAACAGAGCAACCCCCGCAUCCACCAGUCCAUCGCAGCUCCUCACGUCCAGCACUGCCAAAGGAAGCAAGACGCCGUCAUAACCUCCGCAGAAAGUGCCGUCGGACACUACACGCCACUCCAAGUCCGCCGCUUUGCUCUCGAAGAAGAUGAGCGAAGGCAAGAAAACCAGAGGCCGACAAAGGAUAGAAAUCAAGGAACUGGCGGAGGAAAGCAAAAAACAAGUAACUUUCUCGAAGCGCCGUGCCGGCCUCUUCAAGAAAGCCGGCGAGCUUUGUGUCUUGUGCGGCGCGGAAGUGGCCAUCAUCGUGUUCUCUCCGCACAACAACGUGUUCUGCUUCGGCCACCCAGAUGUUGAAACUGUCCUCGACCACUAUCUCACUGGAAAUCAUUCAUCCUUCUCGCACACGAGUUCGUCUGAUUUGCACGAUCAGAACCUCAAUAACCUCAAUAAUGUGGCUGCAGCGGAGUUGAUGAACAGACAAUAUGCGGAGGCGCAGGAGGAGUUGGGAAGGGAGAAGAAGCGGCUAGUGGAGAUAGAGGAGGAGGUGAAGAGGAAGAAGAUGGAGAACAAUGGGGAGUACUUGUGGUGGGAGGAGGCGGUGCAUGAGAAUAUGGAGUUGGAAGAGAUGGAGCACUACAUGAGUGCUUUGCAAGAGAUGCGAUGGAAAGUGGGGAGCAGGCUUGAACAAUUUAGGAUGAUGAGAUCUGCUACUCAUGAUGAUGCUUGCGCCUGGGAUUCAUGGGAAACUAUGUUGCUUUAAUUUUAUCAAGAUUAAUGACUUCUCCCAUGCAUCUUUAUUCAGAUUAAUGACUUAAAUUCGUUUUUCUUUCUUUGAAAACAUGAAGCUUAUGUUUAAAUAUCUGA